AUGAGAAAGAAACGCACAGAGAGAUAUUAUCUUUUUACAGAUGAAAAAACUAAAAAAAUGUUUUUCCAUAAUGCUGUUACUAACGUUGUUACGUGGUUUCCUCCUGUGGAUUCUGUAAUAAUUGAUCCACAAACCUUAAAAACCGUUACAAUUGAUUUAAAUGCUCUCCAAGAGGCAUAUAAUGCAUGCAAGCAACCAACACACCAUGAUGUAGGAAAAAAGAGAGAGAGGUACUUGGCAAGAAAAGCUUCGUUACCAAUUUACAAUAAUCCGGUCCCACCAAAGAAUUUCCACGAUAGAAAAUUGACUCUCGUUAAACUUUCAACGUCUUCUUUAGAUAAAAAUCAACUCAUUUUACAAGAAAUUCCGAUAUAUCUCCCAACAUCCAUUUUUCAAGAUUCCACGCCGAUUGAUAUCAGGAGUUUUGCUGCUGAAAAAUUCAAUACUCGCUAUCGUGGUAGUUUCUUUAAUAAAAAAGAGAUUCCACCAGAUGAGCUUUUACUUUUCGAUACGGACUCAUCGGUUCUUCCUAUUUUGAAAUCGACACCAAGUUCACUACAAAAGCAAUGUGUCGAAGUCUUUAAUUUCAUAAUAAAUUAUUGCAAACAGUCUGCAAAAGCUCAGCCAAACGUUCUAGUAGAGCUUUUAUUCAAGGAGCGUUCGAUUAUUAACGAAGCGUAUAUCCUACUGUUCAAGUUUAUCCGAAAUAAUCCAGUCAAUGAAAAUAUCACGAAAGUUUGGGACUUGAUCCUAGUAGUUUGCACUUUCUUCCCUGCCUCACCAGAAAUACAACCUCUCGUCAAGUACUACCUUUCUACAGAAGCACUUGGAACAAAAGCAAAUAUUAAUACAACGGCCAAGAUCGCAUACUUUAGGUUUUGUGCACGAUGUGCAAGCAGAGAAGCAUUCCAUGUGCAGUCUGCACAAUGGAUCAACUUCAUUCCAAUGCAUGUUUAUCAAGAUACAUUUAUUUGUGGUGCUCCUCUUCUUGAAUUGAUUUUUUCACAGAGAAGAUCAGCUCCGAAAUGCACCAUUCCUCUCUUUUUGCACAGAUUCGUUAACAUUCUAUUGUCCAAAGGAAUAGAAAGCACAGAAGGCAACUUCAGAGCAACAGGAGACAAAGCACAAGUUGACGCAUUAGUUGAAGACAUAAACAACGGUAAAGAAACAUAUAAAAACGCAAAAAUCGAUGACAUGGCAGGUCUUUUCAAGAGAUGGUUUGCUGAUCUACCAGAGCCUUUCAUUCCGAUGUCGAUGUUCGAGAAAUUGGUUAAAGCACAAAAAGAAAACAAAAUUAUUGAAUUCAUAAAUAAAUUACCAAGAGUUAAUCACGAUACGUUGGGCUAUUUGGUCGGAUUCCUCCAACAAAUUGUUAAAUCAGCAGAUGUCACUAAGAUGGGUGUUGUCCAGUGUUCAAUGCUCUUCGGACCAAAUGUUGCAAGAAUUAUAACUGAUGACCAAACAAUUGCAAAGGAUUCGGCUAAUGUAGGAAAGGAUGUAUUAACAUAUCUGAUCAAAAAUUGGGAUACAAAGUUCAUUUACCCACUUCCUGUUGAAUAUAUUACAUAA